AUGUCUCCGGUCACCGUCUUAAGGCCACAGAUGCCCAUGGUCCGUACUCAUGAUGCCACCCGCAAGACCCAUAUUAUGGCCAUUUUAAACCUUACACCCGACUCUUUUUCCGACGGAGGCGUUCACACAGCCAAAGGUGCUGAGGCUAUAAAGACAACUGUCGCGAAUUUCAUUGCGGCAGGCGCCAGCAUCAUCGACAUUGGUGGACAAAGCACUCGCCCAAAGGCCGAUUAUCUUGGACCUAAGGAGGAGCUCGAACGCAUCCUUCCAGUGAUCCGCGUAAUCAGAGAGAUGAAAGAAGCGGACAAUAUCGCCCUCAGCAUCGACACCUUUCACUCUGAUGUAGCUCGGCAGACCAUUCUUGCUGGUGCGGACAUCAUCAAUGACGUCUCAGCUGGUCUCCUAGACCCUCAAAUGCUACCAACGGUGGCUGAGUUGGGGAAGACUAUUGUCCUUAUGCAUAUGAGAGGAGAUCCGCACACAAUGACAAAACUCACUAACUAUCCCGACGGCGUCACCCAUGGAGUAGCUCGAGAACUUUACGAGCGAGUUCAGGCUGCCCUCGACGCCGGGAUUGCCCCAUGGCGAAUCAUCCUCGAUCCCGGCUUGGGCUUUGCGAAGGACCAGGAACAGAACCUCGAACUCCUGAGGAGUCUUCAGCAACUACGGGAACAAACACAAUACUCUUCUGUGCUAAGAAAUUUCCCCUGGCUUAUGGGCCCGAGCCGCAAGGGGUUCAUUGGGAAUGUUACCGGCGUGUCGGAGGCUUCCAAGCGGAGCUAUGGGACGGCCGCCGCAGUUACGGCCAGCAUUGAAGGCGGCGCUGAUAUUGUGCGGAUACACGAUGUUGGCGAAAUGGUUCAGGUUACAAAGAUGGCAGAUGCUAUCUAUCGACGGCCCUGA